GGCGCGCGGCGCGGAGCCGGGCGGUGGGAAUGGAGCGAGCAGAUUGAGGCCGCCACUGCAGCGCCGCCAGCAUGAACUUGGCCGCGAGCUGAAGCAGCCGGCGGCGGGCGGGCGCGGGGGCACCGGCCGCUAGCCAGGGGGUGAUCUGCAAUCGUGCUGGGCCAUUCGGCAGGCGCCUGGGGCCAGGCUGCCCUCGCCGGCGGCCGCCCGCCCCUCGGGCACUGCCCUGGCCGCCGCCGGAGCUCCGCAACACGCCCUGUGUCUAGGUCGUUUGGGAAGCGCCUUGGAGAGUCAAGAAUAAAAUUGCAGGUCAAACAAUGGAUGACUGGAAAAGUCGGCUUGUAAUCAAGAGCAUGCUUCCCCAUUUCGCCAUGGUGGGAAAUCGUCAGGAGCCCAGAAAGCUCCAGGAAUCGCCACAGGGAACCAUUAAGAGGAGGCAGGAAGGAGACAAUUACCAAUUUCCAGGCAUGGCUGAUGGGGGUUAUCCCAAUAAAGUUAAGAGGCCCUGCCUUGAAGAUGUCACCCUUUCUAUGGGUCCAGGUGCCCAUGCCAGUACUCUAUGUACAGAGAUGCAGGUUCCCAUGUUAACAAUGAAUCCUAGCUCUGCAGCGAUGGGAGUAGCUAACCAGUCAUUACUACUUGAGAAUAAUCCCAUGAAUGGCAGUGUCACAGGCCCACCCUUUGGGGUGCCACCAACUGCUGAAAUGGGGCUAAAAGGACCCUCUGCUUCUUGCUAUGAGAAAAACAGCACACCUGCCGAAGACCAGGAACUUCAAGAUCUGCUGGAAGAGUUAACCAAAAUUCAGGAACCUUCUUCGACUGAAUUAGAUCUUGAGAAGAUACUGGGGAGUAAGCCAGAAGAGCCAUUGGUCUUACGUCCUCCCCCAGCAACCAUAGGCAUGCCUCCCAAGCUUCCAGUUCAGAUGCCACAAAUGGAGAGCCUUGGUUCCAGCAAGGUUUUUGCUUCAAGUUGCAGCCAAGUUACUGGCGUGUCACUUCCAAUCCUGCCCUCCUCCACUGGGAUCGGCCAUUCUGUUCCUUCCACCAGUAAGCAGAUGGUCUCAGCCAGUCCUUCAACAACACAGGCCAAGAACCAGGCCCAGGCCAUACUCCCUGUCACUUUGCCCCCAUUAGCAGUGCCACAGUGGCAUCAUGCCCACCAGCUGAAAGCAUUGGCAGCCAGCAAGCAGGGAUCUGCUACAAAGCAGCCAGGGCCUAGCCCCGCCUGGUCUGGCCUGCCUCCUACAGGCAUCUCCCCACCUUACCGUCCUGUGCCAUCACCACACCCACCACCGCCACCACCGCCACCACCACCCUUUGGCCCUCAGAGCUUCAUGGUAUCCUGCAUGUCAUCCAACAGUUCCUCGGGCAGCACUCUGCAAGGCUCGCCCAAUGCCUUACUCUCCAGCAUGGCGUCUGGCACCAGUGCUGCUCUGGGGCCCACCUUGCAUUAUGUUCCUGAGAAGCUCCCUAGCCUGGCUCUCAAUCAGCAGCCACAGUUCAGCCAACAGAGUUCCAUUCUUGCAAACCUGGUGUCCUCUACAAUCAAAAGUCCUCAAGGACACCUGAUGUCUGCUCUACCCACCAGCAAUCCUGGGCCAUCCCCGCCCUAUCGCCCAGAGAAACUCUCCAGCCCAGGCUUGCCACAGCAGUCCUUUACACCACAGUACUCUCUGAUCCGGAGCCUCACUCCCAGCAGUAAUCAGCUAAGCCAGCAGCAGCAACAGCAGCAACAGCAACAGCAGCAGCAGCAGCAGCAGCAGCAGCAGCAGCAACAAGCAAAUGCCAUCUUCAAAUCCAUGACCAGCAAUUCAUCCAAAAGCCUAAGCAUGAUCAUGCCACAGGGGCUGGCGAAUUCCAGCCCAGAAGCCCCUGAGCCAUUUACCUUUGGCAACACCAAGCCUUUGUCCCAUUUUGUUUCUGAGCCAGGCCCCCAGAAGAUGCCCUCCAUGCCUGCCCCCUCCAGGCAGCCAUCCCUGCUUCACUAUUUGCAGCAGCCUACACCAGCGCAGGCCUCCUCAGCCACUGCCUCCUCCACCGCCACUGCUACCUUACAGCUGCAGCCACCACCGCCACUGCCCCCGCCGCCACCACCACAGCCUGACCAUUCUUCAUUCCUUCUACAACAGAUGAUGCAGCAACCCCAGCGCUUUCAGCGAUCAGUGGCCUCGGAUUCCAUGCCUGCUCUGCCCAGACAGCAAGAGAAGCAGAGAUCAGGUCUUAUGGCAAUGACCCCUAAACAGCGGAGUGUGUAUAUCGCUCAGCAGAUGAGUCAUUUUCAAGCCGUCCAAGAACAAGUCACCUCCAAGUGUAGCCAGACCAAGGCAAGCCCCCUGUCCAGCCAGCAUAUGAUGCCAUCCACACCUGGGCUCCUUCAGAACAGUGUGAGUCCAGAAAUAAUCCAACCCACCAGACACCAGAGCAAUGAGGGCAUGAGUAUGAUCUCGCCACCUCUGAAGAAGCAGCAAAGAAUAUUCAACUCUGGCCCCCAGUGUCCCACACCCUCACACUUGGACCAGAACUCCCAGGGCAGUCUUGGCUCUGUCUGCCAGCAUCCACAGAAUCCCAAAGCUACCCCCAUAGGAAUGUCGCUGCCCAGGUUCUGCUCUCACCCCCUGGACAGUCAGCACUUGAGUCCCCACCAGCUCAGAUGGCCCAGUAUGCCAAGAAUGCCCACUGUGUUCAACAAUGCUGCCUGGGUGGUAGCAGCAACAGCUGUGACCACAGCAGUUUCGAGGGAACCCCCUCCAAGCCAUGGAGAUGACAGCAUGAAGCAUCAUUUUGAUAGCAACUCAGUCUUUGCCAAGGUGCCCAUGGGAGUGCACUCAGCAGCCUCGGCAUUUCCAUCUCAGCAGCUGAUUGUGCCCCCUAGUCAGGCUGCCUCAGGAGGCACAGCUGACCAGAAGGUUAGUGAUGUCUUGGCCAACCCCAGCUUCAGCCUACUGGGCAACCAGAGCCUCCAACAGAGCCCUGUACGGGUCCCUGUGCCUGUGCUGAACACCAAGUCCCUCCAGCAGGGCAUGGCCAGCAUGGCUCCCAUGAGUCCCAUUCAGGGCAUUGAGCCUCCAAGCUAUGUGGCCGCUGCCGCCGCUGCUGCUGCUGCAUCUGCCAUAGCUGCCAGCCAGUCCCUGGGUCCAUUUAACAGAACAGGUACCCCCACUGAGCUGCCACCUGACAACCUUUUGCCCCAAUCUCAUCCCCAGCCCCCACUAAAUGAUCUGAUUUCACCCCCUGAUGAUAGUGAGGUGGAUUUCAUUGAAGCUCUCUUGAAAGGCUCCAGCGAGGGCCCAGAUGAAGAUUGGGUGUGCAAUUUGAGGCUGAUCGAUGACAUUUUGGAACAGCAAGCUGCAGUCCAAAAUGCCACAGCCCAGAAUGCUGACCAACUCACCAAGGGUGCUGGGGUGCUUUAGAUCAGAGCAGGAUGCCCGCAGAAGCCCCCAUGUUGAUGUCACUCUAAGGAGUGGCCUGAAUCCACAGCAAGUUCACAACUGGCUCCAGACAGUCACACAUGGCUCCUCAUUAGUGGUGUCAACCUUGCCCAUCCCUCUCUCUACCCAAAAUGAUGGAAAGCUGGAGAUUUUUCAAGCUACUUGUAUAUAUUUAAAAAUUUUGUAAAUGGUUUUCCUAAACAUGAAUGACAGAAGUAUUUAUACUUGGUUUUGUGACUUUGUAAAUAAAGUGACGGCUUUUGUUUCAAUA